AACCUUCACUGCAUUUCUCACCUUCUCUGAAAACCCUAGCAGCCGCUUCGCUCCAUCUCUCCCCAAAACGUAGAGUUCUAUCUGCGACUUCCCCCUCGAAUCACCAUGGCGGAUGUGGAGACCGAUGUUACGGCCGCACAGCCAAAGAAGAGGACGUUCAAGAAGUUUAGUUUCAGAGGCGUGGAUCUCGAUGCUCUCCUCGACAUGUCCACUGAUGAGCUUGUUAAGCUCUUCCAUGCUCGUGCUCGCAGAAGGUUCAAUAGGGGCUUGAAGAGGAAACCCAUGGCUUUGAUCAAGAAGCUGCGAAAGGCGAAACGUGAGGCCCCACCUGGUGAGAAACCAAAUCUGGUGAAGACACAUCUUCGUAACAUGAUUAUAGUACCUGAGAUGAUUGGCAGCGUAAUUGGUGUUUACAAUGGAAAAUCUUUCAAUACCAUUGAGGUCAAGCCAGAAAUGAUUGGCCACUAUCUAGCUGAGUUUUCAAUAUCAUACAAGCCUGUCAAGCACGGUAGGCCAGGUAUUGGUGCCACCCAUUCUUCAAGGUUCAUUCCUCUGAAGUGAGGCGUUCUGCUAUCAGCUGGAAGAUAUGUGAAGUUUUGUUUCAAGAUUCCUAAGCUAUGCUUUACCUACUCUGUUUUGCCCUGGGAUUUUAGAUUCUACUAUGGAUGUUUAAACGUUGUUCUUUAGCUUAAUACUGCAUCUGAAAGACUGAGUACAAGUUUUUUGACUGAUACUGUUUGUUAAAGGUCAGAUUUGCUUCAGCUC